CAUCACUACAUUCCUUUGCUACCAUGGAUUAUGUGAUGUCUAAGCUGAUAAUCUGAAUUUCUUUUGGUUGACAGAGCGUUCAUCCGAUGGCUGAAUACCAUGCUGCAGCAAGAGCAGUCAGCGGCUGUGCCAUAUAUGUCAGUGACAAGCCUGGGAACCAUGACUUCAAUCUGCUGAAGAAGCUGGUUCUUCCUGACGGAUCGAUCCUGAGAGCCAAACUCCCUGAGAAUGCCAUGACGAUCCAGUGCGAGUCAAUGUCGUCGUCGGUGCGGUCGUCUUCGUGGGUGAAAGACGUCGGUACGGCGUGGACGACCAUGACGUUGCUAAGCAGCUGCAGCGCGCCGCGCAGUCCUCAAUGACGUACGGCCGCUGCCGCUGCUCACCUGCUCCUGCGGC